AUGGCAGCAGUCCAUCCCCCGGCUGUCCAGAGCUACCUCCAAGACGCCUCUCGCUAUCAGGCCAUCGACAGGAUCCUCGACAGAAGAGGGCCCUGGACAGACGAGAGGUUCGAAGGCGGCAGUGCUACCAAGGAAUUCUUGAGAACACAGUCAAAGAUUCUCGUUAUAGGUGCCGGUGGAUUGGGGUGCGAGAUUCUGCAGAAUCUUGCUUUGUCGGGCUUCAAUGAUAUCCAUGUCAUUGACAUGGACACCAUUGAUAUCUCCAACCUCAACAGGCAGUUUCUGUUCAGAGAAUCCGACGUCGGAAAGUCAAAGGCUCUGUGUGCAGCGGAAUUCAUCAUGAAGCGGGUUCCCGGAUGCAAGGUCACUCCCUACCAUGGCAAGAUUCAAGAUCAUCCUACUUCUUACUAUGCCACAUUCGAUAUUGUGGUCGCCGGUCUCGACUCCAUUUCUGCCCGGCGAUGGAUCAACGCGACUCUGGUCCAGAUGGCACAAGAUGAUGGCGAGCUAUUGAAGCCAUUGAUAGACGGUGGGUUCAAGGGACAGGCUAGAGUCAUCUUACCGACGGUGUCAUCUUGCUACGAGUGCUCUAUUGACAUGCUCACCCCUCCUACCGCCUUUCCCAUCUGCACCAUUGCCAACACCCCCCGUCUUCCGGAACACUGUAUCGAGUGGGCGAGCGUCCUAGAGUGGCCCAAGAAGCUCGAUACUGAUGACCCUGACGACAUUGAGUGGCUCUACAAGGUGGCGUCUAGCCGCGCUGCCCAGUUUAAGAUCGAGGGUGUGACAUGGGCCUUGACUCAAGGUGUCGUCAAAAACAUUAUUCCCGCCAUCGCCAGUACCAACGCCAUCAUCGCCGCCUCAUGCUGCAAUGAAGCCCUCAAGAUUGCCACCGCAAGUGCCCCCUUCCUCAACAAUUACAUGAUGUAUGUUGGAAACGAAUCCGUCUACACAUAUACCUUUGAGCACGAGCAGAGGCCAGACUGUCCUGUAUGCGGCGGUGAAUCUCUUUCCGCGGAAGUCAGCAAGGAUGCGACAUUGGAGACGUUCAUGGAGACGCUCUCUCAACGUCAAGACCUCCAAAUCUCUCGACCCUCCGUGUCCUUCUCCAACGGCAAAGCUCUUUUCUGGCCGAGUCCUCCCGAUGUGUACGAAGCUACCAAAGGGAAUCUGGAGAAGAAUUUGAAGGACUUGUUGGCGGGCGACGAUACUGUCGUUGUGGUCGAUCCCGCUCUGCCUGUGAGCGCGAGCGUGACAAUCAAGUUUGUAUGA